CACCCCCACAGAUCGCACUCCCCCUAUUUUCUGCCGCACCUUUGUUGGCCCGCGGGCUCGAGCUUGACGACGGCUUGUGGCUUUGGCUGGCUGGCCCACCGGCCGCACCCCACCCGGCAGCCUCGGCCCGCAGUCUAGCAGGGAUCGCACACGCAAGCGCAAGCAGCUGGAUUCGGGGGCUCGGCUCGGUCCGUGAGGAAGCUUUCCGGCGAGAUGGCGGAGGAGAAGAGCGCGCUGCAGUCGGCGAGGGAGUGGGUCGUCGACCACAAGCUCCGGGCCGUCGGGACGCUGUGGCUGAGCGGCAUCGUGGGCUCCAUCGCCUACAACUGGUCCAGGCCGGGCAUGAAGACCAGCGUCAAGAUCAUCCAUGCCAGGUUGCAUGCCCAGGCUCUGACACUGGCUGCCUUGGCUGGGUCUGCACUGGUGGAGUACUAUGAUCAUCAGCAAGGAUCGGGAUCAAAGGUUCACCAAUAUGCAAAGCAGAUCCUAUCAUCUGACGGCAGCUCACAAAAAGAGUAGGCAGUGUGGGUGAGUUAGGCGUUGGUGACAAAUUAGCAGCAGUGAGACAUGGAAUGGAUCGGAUGUUAUUUUCCGAUCAAAUAAUUUGUCUGUGAAAUUCUGUGGGAACUUCUGAAAGCUUUACCUGCUGAUGGCUGCCCACUUCUAUGAGUAAAUUCUGUGGGAACUUCUGAAAGCUUUGCCUGCUGAUGGCUGCCUACUUUUAUGUGUAAGCUACUGAACCAGCAUUUGGGAUGUUGCAAUAUGCCGAUAGCAGAUGUUCCAAAUAUCUUGAAUGGAAUGCCCUUCA